AUGAAAGGCUCUUCUGGAAAACGAACCGACGCUUCUUAUCUUUCCCAGCGUCCCACAGCCAAGGAGCUGCUGAAGCACAAAUUCAUCCUGAAAAACGCCAAGAAGACUUCUUACCUGACAGAGCUGAUCGACAGGUUCAAGAGGUGGAAAGCCGAAGGCCACAGCAGCGACGAAACGGACUCGGACGGCUCGGAUUCCGAGUCUAGCAACAAGGAGAAUAAUUCCCAUCCCGAGUGGAGUUUUACUACCGUGCGGAAAAAGCCGGACGCCAAGAAAGUGCAGAAUGGAACGGACCAAGAUCUCCUGAAAACCUUGGGCUGUUUAACCCUGAUCAUCAAUCCCGUGUUUGCAGAGCUGAAGCAGCAAGACUCCAACAACGCCAGCAAGAGGCGGGCCAUUGAAGAGCUGGAGAAGAGCAUCAGCCUGGCAGAAGCCGCCAGCCCUGGGAUCACCGACAAGAUGGUGAAGAAGCUGAUGGAGAAAUUCCAGAAGUUCUCUGCCAACGACUCCUGAGGAAGGACACCCCCAGCACCCCCCAGGAUGCUGUCCCGCACGGAGGCCUCUCCUCGCCGCCCACCAACCUCCCUCCUCCUCUGCCUCGGCUUCUUUUCUUGAGUUCUUGGUGCCUUUCGAGAUCAUCGCAAUAGAUUUUUUUGGUGAUCGCGGAUUCGGAUUUAAGGAUCGAACUCCACUCUUUUUGUAAAUGGCAUAUGUGCUUUCUUUCCUUCUUUCUUUUUUUCCCCUUUUCCUUCCUUCCUUCCUCCCUUUUUUUUUCCUUUUUGUAAAGAGCGACUUUUAACAUUUUAGUUCCCAACUCCUUUAAUCCAGCUCAAAACGAGACAAAAACCAUCUGUGCCCUUUGCUUCUAAGAGGCAGCCGGGGAGAUCACAAUUGCCAACCGCCUCGGCCUCCUCCGCAAAUCCGGAGCCUUUCUCCCCCCCCCUUUUUAAACUUCGCAGAAAACACAUUCGGGUUUGUUUUCUCCUCUGCCUGAAUUGCAGUUCUCCUAAAGCCCCCCCCACCCGCCCCCCCAAAAAAGCCCAGACUCGGCACCUAUCUUUGAGGAGCGAAAGGCUACGCGGACGCACCUCUCCGCCGGGCCCCAUUUGGCCCCGUCGUCUUUCUUUGGGCCCGUGCCGAGUGUGAGGAAUUUGGCACCGUGUUUUAUUUUAUUUGGGGGUGGGUGGGUGGAGGGUGUCACCUCCGCCUGAAAGCAAUACGUCGAAACGGCUUGGCCAGUUGUCCUGUUAACGCCGCAUGCCGUUUCUCCGUAGCCCCUUUUCGUAGAGCAACAUAUCCCAGCGGCCGCGGGGCAAAAGGGGGGGGGGUCAGGGGUAAAAAAGAAAACCAAGAUGGCAGCCUGGGGGGGGUGUCACACGCCUCUGAAGCCCACUCCUCUUUUUUUUCCCUUGUUUAAAAAAAAAAAACAUGCAUUGCACACGGAAGGGGUGGGCUGUGGGCUGCGUGUGGACGCGGCCGCCGUUUUCAGUUCCCCCUCCCCUGAAAGAAACGUUCAUCAUGGUAAGAAAUUUUAAAGCAAUAUGGUUGAAAGGUUUUUGGGGUGGGGGGUGGGGAUUGGCAAUAACGGACCCCCAUUUGGCCCAAGUUGUUUCUCUUGGGAGUAAAAUGGGAGAGAAAGGAGAACCUGCUCAGCCUUGCCGGUGUCCGAGCAGUACCUGAAAUGGUGUCACCAGCGUUUUGUGAGGUUGUGUGUGUGUGUGUGUGUGUGUGUGUGUGUGUUGUUGUUUUUUUUUGUAAGAUAUUGAUAGACUUACUUUCUUGAAGUCCUUUUUGUGCAUCCACAACAGCCCUUUAAUUUCCCCCCCUCCCUUCCUCCCUCCCUCCCUCCCAAAGUGUAUUUUUAAAUAUCUAUUUACCAGUUAAUAUGCAAAUAAUUGAGUUAUAGAUAUUCUUUCACGGAGAAAGAUAAGUACUGUGCAGUACAGAGGUGAUUUUUUCCCCCUUUUUUUCAGAAAAGGUAGAAGAAAUUAUAAACUUGCUUUCGAUUAUAUAUUUAUGGUACUGUUGAGAUGAGUUUUUUUUUCUCUCUCUCUCUCUCUCUCUUUUGCCUUUUCAACCCAAGUUUGUAUAUUAUGCUAUCGAAGUGUGUUGUAUUUCAGUCUCUGGUUGUGGAAGUGUGGGUGUAAAUUUAUUUUUGAUAAAAAGUCUGGAUAUGUUUAAUUUUAUAGUUCAGAUCUGCACAUUUUUUGUUGUUGUUGUUUUUGGUUUUUGCACAAGAUUCGUUUUAAAAGGAUUUGAAGUGUAUCAGCCAAAUACGGAACGGAGUUAAAUAAGAGUGCAAACAACCAGUGAUUUUUCGUUGUUGUUGUGAUUAAAAGUUGCCAUUACAACCUUUUCUUUGUAAGGAAAAACAAAAAAGAUAUAAAGACACUGGCAAGAGAGGGUGGAUAGAAAUGCCAAGGAGAAUUGUUUUCAAUGGUGCCUACA